CCAUCUGCUGCAGAGGGACAGGCACACCAAUAAUUAGCCAGUGUCGGGCACAUUGGGAUACGGGAUUGAUCUUGGGCAUCCAGAUUUCAUAGGGAGAAGCGGGGUUGAGAACUUUCAGCUUUGCGCUCGCCUCUUGAUUCGCGAAUGAGCAUCGCCAUCAUCUGAAAGGCAAGCGGCAAUCCCGCUCUUCUUCUGCCUUUCGUUCAUUGUCUUUCCUCAGUUGGAAAGAGCGAGCACCUCACUCUCCUACUUCCAUCUCCUUCUAUUCCUGUCGAGCUCAUCUCAGAGGGGUGCCUUCCUCAGCGGCUUAUCAAACUCAAAAACAAAGAACUUUCUCACUCGACAUGGCAAGCGCGACAACUCCAACCGCCUCACCCCCAAAGCCGCCCCGCCACGAAUCACCAGCCAAGAGAGCCGAAUCGCCCCUUCCAUCUCCUUCUCUACACUCGGAGCAGGCAGAAUCAGACAUCCUACCUCAUAGUCCUCUGAAGUCUGUGGCCAACAGGAGGAUGGCAGAUACUCAGAGCAGUAUCCCCAAGCCGCCAGGCACCACCAGAGUCGCCCAGGUCAAGACACCAGAACCGCGCAUUCUCAAGGAGCGUCCCAAUGGGAACAUUGCUGAAAGAUCGCCCAGCACACCUGGUCACCUGGCGCCCUUUGACUGGGAAGAAUUUGAGGCUCGCUAUCAGGAGGCUCUUGCCAAAGCGAACGGGGAGGAGCAAGAGUUGUUGGCUGAGUUUGAGAACCUGAUCAAAGAACGUUUACUCUUCUUCAAUGUCUGGGCAUCAUCAGCUUCCGUGCAUGAUACCGAACGGGGAGUCAAGCGACUUCAAACAAGAGAGCGAUAUGUGAAGAUUGCUGAGCAGAAUUUGGCGCAGAAGAAGAAGCACCUCACCGAGGUGGUGCGCGCAUUUCAAAGUGCCCUGGCGCUCCUGAGUCAGAACUAG